GAGGAAUUCUAUGCAGCAGCAGCAGCAGCAGCAGAGAAGACAGACGAAAUCGCGAGCCAAUUUUUCUGUGAAAAAGAAGCGAUUUUUUCAGUUUGGUGGAUUUUCGGUCCGCGCGGUGCUUAUUCGGAGCUCAUCUCCCGAAGAAUAGGAAGUUCAAAUAGAUCGGGAAGUACGGUUUACAAAUAGUGCUUCCUGCCAAAGAACGGAGCAGUGGGAUUGUUCGAUCGGAGUGCAUCAGAAGACUCGUUCUGUGCUGGCGUCAAAGUCGCGGCCAGUCCUUGCGACGAAAAAGGUACACAUUUUCGGCAUCCAAGGAUGAUGGGAAUUGUGCGAAUUUUGUGCGAUUGAAAACCGCAGACUACUCUGAAAUGGAAAAGCGAAAUUAAAUCAAGGAAAAAAAGGUCGGAAAUGCUAAGUUCCCGUUGGAAUGGUUCCUUCCACUACGUAAGGUUACUAAAAUGUAACUCAAACAACUACUAAAAGUAAACAUCAAUCAUCCUGGUUUUGGGGGAAAGAGUCAAACGACGUUCAUCCGACGGUCGUAUUGGACCAACACGAGUGGACUGUUUGAAUCAGCCGAAGCAAUACAGCUUACGAUAACUGUAAGGCAAACCGAAAACCAGAGCGGUCUCCCAUGCCGCCAAGUUAAUCCAAAGUCAUAACUGCCUCCCUCCGCAUUGACGCUAGUUGUGCGAGCACGAGUCGACGACGGAUGCCGUUAAAGUUAUUAUUUUAAAAGAAAUAUUUAUUUAUUUAUUUAGUUCUAUUUAUCUGCCCUUAACUUCCUCUAUUCUUCCUACUAUUAUAUUAAUUAAGAAAUCAAACUAUUGCGGCCAUCGUAUAAAUAGAGUUGAUCCUCUAUGUUGCCGUUUUAUAAAGUGGUUGAAACACAAGAAUAAGCUCAAUGUCUCUGAAGAAAAUGCAUCCACCAGCUAUGGUACAACCGACUGCACCAAUUGCAAGUAGGGCUAAUACAUUGGUAGUCAGUGGCGGUGGCAAAGGAACGAAAGAUCGUCAAAAUGCGGAAAAUAUUGUUCCCACCAACCACCAACAAAACGGGCUAAGUGAACAAGCAAACGGCAAGAAAAUCAGCAAUAAGACUUCUUCAGUGAAAGCAAUCGCUGCGACAACACCAACUGUAAUGUCGUCGAGUACGAUUAGAACAGUUCAUUCAAAUGUCAAUGGUUCAUCGGCCAUUUCUACGCUAAACAGCACCAAUCGACGAAAAAGCCAUCGAAUCAAUUCGCCCAAUCGUAAACGGCGAGAACAACUGAACGUAUUCAACAGUUUGAGGGCAUGGAAUGUAAAGUUUGUGCCGAGUAGCCAAACGACAGCCCGGGAAGAAAGUAGGAUAGACGAGAAACAGCCCGCUGCUCCAGGCGGUGGCGGCAGCAGCAGCAAUGAGGCCAGCAAAGCUAACAGCGAAAGAAGCAGCAGCGCCAGCAGCACUUCAACUUCUGGCAGUAUGUCGAGUAGCGUUAGCAGCAAUACUAGCAGUAGUAGUAGUAGUAUUAGCAGCAGUAGCAAUAUAAGUGAUAGUAUUAAAGAAAACGCGUUAUCAAAGGGGAAAAAGCGUACAACGGUGGCGACGGCAGUAGUUUCUAAAGAGCCUCCAGCGACGGAUGUAUCGACCACCCACAAUGUGAAGAAAAGAGAGGACAUCACUGAGCAAACCGCUGGAUAUAAUGAUGUUAAGCAGUUUCAGAAGGCGCCACCCACUCAUACCAUAAGCGUAACAAAUGGACACCCGGGAGCUCACGGAAAAAAUGACAAAAAGCUGAUGAACGGAAGUGGAGGCUUCAGUGCAAAUCAUCGUCAUCCGUCAGCGGUCAUUUCGCCAUCACACUCAUCAUCCUCUGGAUCUGUCAUUCCAUCGUCGUCGUCCGCGGUUGUUUCGCUACCGUCCUCAGCAUCAUCUAUGACACGUUCAUCGCUGACAUCUCCUGUUAUGUCUACAUCAUCUCCGGCAGUGCUAACGAGUUCCCCGACCAAUCAUUCGAGGCACAUCUCCAACGGCAAUACCCGCGCAGCCAAUGCUGGUAAGGUGCUUCUUCCUAAUGUGAAUCCACUUGCCGGAACUCCGUUGGAUCCGAUGACGCUGCUCCAGGGAAAGCUGCGAGGCACAAUGAUUGGGCAGCAACCACAGACUCCUCAUCACAUCUCGCAUCAUCAUUCCAAUCAUUCAAACUUGCCGGGACAAGGCCACCAGCAGCAGCAACAACACAACGGUCAUCAACAAAUGGCACCCACCACACCUCCGCAUUAUAGUUUGGACUUUUUGCACUCAGUUGGCAUGCGAAUGUUUACCACUACCGGAACUAGUCAGCCCACAAAUGCUGCAUCGUCAGCAGCAGCUUCCGUGCUUUUACGUGGUAACCCACAUUUUAACAACAACAACAAUUUCAAUCAACAGCUGCACCAACAACAGCAACAAUUAAUCCAUCAGCAUCAACAGUCACAACAACAUCAACAAUUUCAUCCGAUGCAGAGGUAUUACACAAAUAUCUACAAUUGUGACGAAAUGUUGGUCCACAGUAGUGGGGCAGGUGACCAAAUGUAUUCGGGUUUUCCCGUUUCGGAUCAUAUGGCCGGUGCAGGAGGUGCUGCUGCAGGUGCGGACGGUAGCAGCGCAAAUGAUACCACCGGGAUGGUUUACUGUUAUUCACAGAAUCAUCACCAUCAGCAACAGCAUAAUCAUUCCACUCAUCAGCAGCAUCACCAUCAUCAUCAACAGCAGCAGCAGCCGCAGCAAACGUAUGGAAACGGAGGUGGUAAUUACCAUCAGAACAACAAUUAUCAGCAGCACAAUAGGAACUACGGCCGGACAGGACCAAGCAGUGCAAAUUUGCAAAACGGUGGUGGAAAGAAAUCUUGGAAUAACAACUGGAACAAUGGCAAGAAGUCCAUGCAAGGAAAAUAUGGCAAUAAGGGACCCGGCUAUAACCACGGCUACCGGAAAAAUUUCCACUAUUAUCAUAACAGCCAUUACGGUGGUGGACAUCAUUACGACCAGACCCAGGUUCAAUCAGAAAGCUUGCGAAAUCUUAUCUACAUCAAAGGUUUCAACAAUGGGCAAGGAGCUCCCGGAAGCAAUGGGAGUAUAAGCCGAUCACCAACCCCUAGUCCACAAUCGUCAAGUCCAACAAUCGAAGCGACUGAGGCGAGCCAAACAAUUGGUUCAGGUAGAAUCAUACUUCACGAUGAACCAUCGGAUAGUGGAAUCGAAGAAACGGGCAGCAAUCAUAAGAAGUCAGGCAACGUUCCGAGUUCAUCCUCUUCUUCGUCUUCGAUGGUUUCUAUCCAGUCGACUGAUUCUUCAACAAUCACUGCGUCCACGGCACAUAACCUCAGCUUGGAAAUGAAUUGUGGAAACGGACAAGGCUACGAAUCGGAUUCAUCACAUUCCUCCAACUACAAUAAUCAUAGCUAUCGAAACCGAAAGUAUGCCAAUAGUGGCCAGGUUUAUCGAUCUUCCUCCUCCACUUCCUCGGGUGUAUCAUCCACCUCAACUUUUCCACCGCUCCAAGAUUAUCACCCAUCAGUACAAACAUCUACAUCCGCUACCAACACACCAGCAGCAAUGAAUGCUCAGAUAACGGAUUUCUUUUUGCGAAGUCAAAGCUAUCAUGGCUCUCAUCAGAAUCUGACUGUCGUCAGUGCCAGUGCUAGUCCAAAUCCGCCAGAUUCGCCCGUAAACACAGCUCGCUCGAUCGUCGGUACGCAAUCCAUGCCUAUGUUUAGUGAACUAUUUACUGGAAUGCCGCCACCACAACACUCCCACCAUCCAAAACAGCAACGAAGUCAGCCUACCUCUCACUACGGGAGCGAUAACUCGCUUGAGCUCACUCUUCCGGCUGGUGUCGAGUGCUCGGGAGCGACAGUAGUUAGCUCCAACGAGAACUGCGGCAGUAAAGAAUAUGCAAGUGCUCCAGCGUCUACGGUGCCGCCCAACGAGGCUCACUCGAUGCAGAGCGGACAUCCGAAGAAACGCUUCUCGGGUCGUACAUCACCGAUGCCAUAUAUUGCCAUAUCUGAUCAAAAACCCAACAGGCCAUCGCUCACUGUACCCAGUACGGCUUCAUCUAGUCAACCAUCCAGUCCUACUUCCUCUAACCGGAAUGUCCAACCAGCGGCAUGGAACAAACCAUCAACCUCGAUUGAACCUAUUCCUGCUUUGUCACCAACAGUACCUCAAGCGGACUCUCCGGUCCCAUUAAGUCCUGAUCUUAACGGCCCUUUCUUGUAUCCAUUUGAUGUUGUUAAUAUGCAUACGCCAGCCGACCGUUUUCUAGUGCGAGGCCACCUAGUAGAAAUGACUACACCUCCUGUUGAACUAGCCCCUAGUGGCUGCAAGUGGGCUUCAUUGACAACGGCUAUUUGGAAUAAGUUCACCGGAGCACAACAGACCCAGCAGAAGUUUGUACAGAAGCUUCACAUGUGGAGGUUUUUGUUUAUAAACAUCAGGACGGCGUUUCCGCGGCUUAGCUUGUACCUGGUCGGAAGUUCUAUUUCCGGGUUCGCUUCCGACAACUCGGAUGUGGAUAUGUGUUUGGUUUAUCGUACCACCGCUCUACCAUUUGAUAUGCGAGGCGAAGCAUUGUUUCAGCUGGGUCAGAUUAAAAACUACUUCAUGAACGCCAACACCAAUUUCGAGGAGUUCAGUCUUAUCCAAGCUAAGGUGCCGAUUCUCAGGUUUCGUGAUACAUCCAACUCGAUUGUGGUGGACCUGAACUACAACAAUUGUGUUGGUAUUCGGAACACCCAUCUGCUGUACAUGUAUUCGCAAAUGGACUGGCGAUUGCGGCCGUUGACACUGGUUGUCAAACUGUGGGCUCAGCAUCACAACAUCAACGAUGCGAAGAACAUGACCAUUUCGAGCUAUUCGUUAGUACUGAUGGUGAUUCAUUUCCUACAGUAUGGUGUUUGUCCUCCGAUAUUGCCCUGCUUGCAUGCGAUGUAUCCGGAAAGAUUCAUGCGAAUGACAGACAUCAGCGCAUUGGAUCUCAUGGAAAAGGUGGAGCCUUACAAGAAUGAUAACUCCUCCACAUUAGGCGAGCUCUUCUUGCAGUUUUUGGGCUAUUAUACCAAAUUCGACUAUGCGCAUUACGCUAUCUCGGUCCGUACGGCUUCGGUGAUUUCGAUCGAAACUGCACGUGUAGCUCGUAGCUACAAAAACGAUCCUCAUCACUGGCGGCAGUUAUGCAUAGAAGAGCCAUUCGAACUUACUAAUACAGCACGGGCAGUGUUCGAUGCGGAUGUUUUCGAGCACAUUAAAACCGUUUUCCAGACCUGCUGGCAACGACUGAAGGAGACCAAUGAUCUCGGUUCGAUAUUUGACUGCGAGCCACUGUUCAUACCCGUGAGUUCGGCGCUAUCGAUUACGUCAUGAUUACCACCAUUGGCGAUCCAAAUGUUGUCUACGUCGUCGUGGUCGGAGCUGCUAAUCGAUUUCGGAGGCGGUUUUGUUGUAGUAGUUUGCACGUUCCGAUGCAACUCACCUGAUUGCUGAUGGGAGGUGAGCUUCAUAAGACUGACACUAUUCUAUAAGGGAGGUAAGAAAUGGUAAAUUCAGCUGGGCGAUGCGUUCAAUCAACGGAUCUAUGUACGAGUGCGUGGAGUCCGUUUUGCGCAAUCGGGUUGGUGGGUGAAUCGUAAAACCACGUCUACACAUAUCAUCGGCAUAAAAGGCCGAUAUCUUGCCCGCCACCUGCCGGAAGUGAACAUGACCCAGCAUUCGCUAUGAAAGUUGGCACGUACUUUACCUGCAAGCAAUGAAACUAAAAGGCAUUAAUCAGAGUCAAAAAAUGGCAACAAAAUGUGUUCUUUUUAUCGCCAGUCGAAUAGUGCGUAUGUAUUCCGGAGACUAACGAACGAGCGGCUUGUAUGAAUGGAAAUGAGAGUCAAAAGAAUUUUUAAAGUUAGAUUUGCGCACUCCAUAGCGGAACGCUAUAUCAUGAAAUGAUCUCUUUAAUUAUUACGUUGUACUGUGCCAUCGGUUUUUUUUGUUGUUUUGUACAUUUGUACACUCGUAGCGUACGCGGAAAGUUUUUCGUUUUUUUGUGACUGAAGUGAUGAAUCCAGAAGGGAUGUUCAAUAUGAGGGGACCAAAUGGAUACGCAUACCCUGAAACUGCUUAAAAUGGAAGCUUUCCCCUAGCUUGCAAACCAGUAGCAGUCCGUAAACAUAUAUUUUCAUCUUUCGCCCCGUCAAGAGUUCCUCUUGAUUGAUUUGAAUUCAAUACUCUUCCUAGCUAGCGUUGGCUUUAUAGAUACAAAAAGAAAGCUAAAAAACUAAAAGGAAAUUGAGAGAUCCUAAGUAAUAAUAUAUAGCAAAAGUAGGGAAACGGCUGAAGAGGUACAAUAAUUCAGUGGGUGAAACAAAGACAGUUUGCAAACACGAAAUGAAUACACUUUUUAAGGGUUCAUUUUUAAAACAAAAAAAGAUUUAUAUUAGAGAUAAAAAAACACGGCUGUGAAAAUUAAGAAAUUUAAAUUAUUAUUAAAAAAAGAGUGAAGCGUAACUUAAAAACUAAUUAAAGGUAUAUUUUUAGAUUUAAUUUAUAUGAACAUGGGAAGAUGAAGACUAUGGUUAAUGUGAAGUAGGAAGCAAGAAGCGAUCGAGACAGAAGGCGGAAGAGAGGAAUGAAGAAAAACAAAAAAAAAACAAAAAAAGUAUUAAAACAGAAAGUAAAAAAAAAAAACUAAAAAAAGUUACAUAAAAAGUAAAACGUUUGACGAAGGCUGCUAGUAUCAGGAACGAAGCAAUCAAGAAUCAAGUAGUCAGCAGUUUCGUUAAAAUUGCAUGAACCUAUCAUCAAUGUUGGUUGUGUUCUGCACAACGGCAGUUUUCUCUUGCGAACCAAAAAAAGCAAUAAGAAAGGAUAAAGCAAACAAAAAAAAGUCCAAAAAGAUGCGUUUCGUUUGAAAGGGCAAAUUCUAUCUCAAUUUUUGUAUAUUGUUCAAAGGCACGACUAAAGGUGCAGCAUUAGAAGGUAACCAGAGUUAGACCGAACAAAAUGAUCGGGCAAAGUUAACUAAACGGUGGCACAGGAAAUAGAAAGAACGCUCAUGCCCACAUAACUCGAAACAAAAGGUUGGUUCAAGUGGCUCUUUGCUUCAUUAUCUCUGUUACACAAAAUUUUUAAACCAAAAGCUUAGGAUAAUUAAUCUUUGCCAUUCUUGCUCCAGUUUUUUUUGUUAUCUUUGCAUCAUCUAUGUGAAAUACUAUAAGAGGCAGAUUAUUUCCGUAUGUAAAGGACCAAAAGUCAUGUAAAGCUAAAAAAAAGUUCAAAAUCCAACCGAAACACAACGUUUGUUUUGUUCUAUCCCCAUUUCAAUCACACUCGUAUCGCCUGACGAUUGAAGUCAUGCAGCAACGUUCGUGGACAGCGUUCUUGUUUGUUUCCUUGUGCAGGUUUGAACGCCAAAGUUUUUUUUUUUAAUUCUGAUUAUGGACAACGGAAUUCAGAGGAUGAGAGGAAAACAGAAUGGAUGGUUAGGAAUUUACUGUUUGUUGGUGGCUCAAAACAUUGAUCGGAAUCAAGGUUGACACGAACCACAGAGCUGUAAAGUAUAUAAUAGGAGUUUUGCGUUGAUGAAAAAGAAUGAAAGGACAGUGUGAAAAAAUAAUUGAAAUUUAACGUAUCUGGCCGGACGCAAGAAACGUGAUCAUGAAAAGUUGAAUAAAAAGUGAAAAAAGUGAA